GCACCACAAUUCAAUCAACUUGAUGCAUUGUGUAGAGUAAUAACUAAUACUCUAUCACUCCCACUCACAAUUCUAUCUGCCUUGGAAAGGUUUUACUCACGUAGCCAAUUGCGUUCUUUUGACGACUUGGUGGUUCAUUUCAUAGGUGCCGGUAAAUAUGAGGUAUCGGCACUUAUGUCCUUCGAAGAAAUUAUGCAUAUACUCCCAAACAUAAAAACACUACAACUCAUAUUGAUUGGAAUAGAAUUAUCAUCAAAAAUUAUAGGUGUUUCUCUACAAUGUUGUCCACGUUGUACUAAGGCUAAUAGAAAACGAAUUUAUUCAUUACAUCCAGUAUCAUAUGAUGAAUAUUCUGUUUCUGAUGAUUUCAUCACUCCACAAUUUGUCGUUGGUUUCAAUAUUGAUCUAUAUGAAGAAUCUUGGAAAUCAUCCGUUGAAUUUUUAAUAGAGAAAGAAAUACCUUGCACAUUUACUUCUUAUUCUAAAGAUGAAGCAAAUCAAAAUGUUAAAAUAUUAAAGGAUUUGA